AUGUUUUCAAAUUGUGUAAUUACUAGAAACAUUCAACAUAGUUGUAAAUUAUUAAUUGUUGGUGGAGGUUCUGGAGGAUGUACAAUGGCAGCUAAACUCUCAAAAUAUGAACGUGAUGUGAUCAUACUGGAGCCAAAUGAUAAACACUACUAUCAACCUAUGUUCACGUUGAUUGGUGGUGGUAUGAAAACUAUUUCCCAGUCCCGUUCUUCUACAAAAUCAGUGAUUCCAAAAAAUGUAAAUUGGAUCCAGGACAAAGUCAAAAGUUUUAAUCCACAAGGAAAUACUGUAACGACAUCAAACGGAGACACAAUUAAUUAUGAUUAUAUGGUGGUAUCUAUUGGACUGCAAUAUAAUUAUGAUCAAAUCAUUGGCUUAAGAGAAGCCCUUGAAAAAAAAGAUAGUGGAGUUUGUACAAACUAUUCAUCUCAAUAUGUGGAAAAAACUUAUCAAGUUUUGCAGAAUUUCAAUGGUGGAAAUGCAAUAUUUACAUUUCCUAAUACACCUAUUAAAUGUGCAGGAGCUCCUCAAAAAAUUAUGUAUAUUGCAGAAGACUAUUUAAGAAGAAAAGGUAUAAGAAACAAGGCAAAUAUUAUAUACAAAACAUCUACACCUGCAAUAUUUGGUGUUAAAAAAUAUGCACAGAAGUUACAGCAAAUAUGUAAUGCACGUAAUAUUUCUGUUGGCACUAGACAAAAUUUAAUACAAAUAGAUUCUACACAGAACAAAGCCACUUUUGAAUUUCUUGAUGUCGAAAAUAAAACUGAAUCAAUAGAAUAUUCUAUGCUUCAUGUAACUCCACCAAUGGGUCCACCAGAUGUUCUAAUGAAAUCCAGUCUCAGCAACAGUGCUGGGUAUUUAGAUGUUGAUCCUUAUACAUUGAGGCACAAUAUUUAUGGAAACGUAUUUGGAAUCGGAGAUUGUACGAGUUGUCCGACAUCAAAAACAGGAGCUGCAGUAGCAGCACAAAGUAUUGUUGUUUUUAAAAACAUGAUAAAUGUGAUGAAUGGUAAGAACAUCAAAGAAAAAUAUGACGGAUACACAUCUUGUCCAUUAGUCACUGGAUAUAGCAAAUGCAUUCUAGCAGAAUUUGAUUAUGACCUUAAACCAUUAGAAACAUUUCCAAUAAACCAAGGGAAUGAAUUGCGCAUCAUGUUUUUAAUGAAAAAACAUGCACUACCAUUUAUUUACUGGAAUAUAAUGCUUAAAGGUUAUUGGAACGGCCCUAAAACUAUAAGGAAAAUCAUGCAUUUUGGUCUCGAUUAG